AUGGAAGGAAAACGCCUAGCAGUUGAUAUCUCCAUUUGGCUUCAUCAGGCAGCACAUGGUUACAUGGAUUAUCAGCCAGGUGCAAAAUGUCCACAUCUGUCGCUGGUAUUGAGACGCCUCUCCAAACUACUCUUCUACAAAAUCCGUCCAUUGUUUGUUUUCGAUGGCCCAAAUGUCCCGAUCUUCAAGAGGAAAUUAUUGAUUUUUUUUAGCGCGAUCGGCAAGUGA